UCUUUACUUACUGCAAACUGUCCCGACAAAGAAAGAAAUUGAGUAUAUGAUUAAAUCUAUUGUAAAUUCUUCACUGAGCUAUAAGGAUAUAUAUGUUGCUGUAUUACUAUGUAUUCUGGGCAUUUUUCUUGUUGGACUUUGUAACAAGAUGCGAGGAUUGAAGACCCUUGAGUCACCUGAUCAGUUCCUGCCCAAAGAAAGAAACUAAAAGUUGCGAAAUGGAAAACCCCCCAUCGGAAAUGAGUCCUUCCGGGGACUGUAAGGAGGGGGUUUCCAUCUCAGAAAAGAGUUUUAAAAGUGCUCAGCAGCAGAGGUCAGUCUCACCUGUACCCAGCUGUGUAUCCAUGAAGAGUGACUGGUCAAUAGACAGACCAAUCAGUUUUAAAGAUGGACAGAUUUCUGAGGGUCAAAGUGUCCAUGAGGAGAGAUCAGUCUCACCUGUACCCAGCUGUAUAUCCAUGAGGAGUGUCAUGUCAAUGAGUAGACCAGUUCAAUUCAGGGAGCAAGAACCUCCUACAAGUCAAAGUGUCCAGCAGGUUAGAACAGCGUCACCUGUACCCAGCCGUGUAUCCAUGAAGAACGACAGGUCAAUACCUGAACCAAUUAAUUUUGAAGGGGGAGAAUUUCCUAAAGGUCAAAGUGUCCAAGAAGAGAGAUCAGGCUCACCUGUACCCAGCUACAUAUCCAUGAGAAGUGUCCCAUCAAUGAGAACUCCACUUAAUUUUAGGGAGCAAGAACCUCCUACAAGUCAAAGUGUCCAGCAGGAUAGAGAGGUAUCACCUGUUUCCAGUUGUACUUCCACAAAGAGUGAAAUGUCAGUUAUCUGUAAUGAAGGAGAACUCAUGAUAACAUGUCAGCAAGAAAUGAAAUCCCACCUGAAAAAUAAGUUUCAGUGUGUAUUUGAAGGACAAGCUAAGCAAGGAAACCCAACCCUUCUAAAGGAUAUUUACACAGAGCUCUACAUAACUGAAGGUGGUACUGGUGGGAUCAGUGAGGAACAUGAAGUGAUACACAUCGAGAGAGCAUUCAAAAAAACAGAUGUACAAGAAACUACAAUCAAAUGCAGGGAUAUUUUUAUACCCUUACCCGGAAAAGUUACAGACAUAAGAACUGUGCUGACACUAGGGAUUGCAGGCAUUGGGAAAACAGUGACUGUGCAAAAAUUUAUUCUUGACUGGGUAGAAGGAAAAGCAAAUCAAGAUAUUAAUUUUAUAUUUCCUCUUCCUUUCCGGGACCUGAAUUUGAUAAAGGAUAAAGAAUUCAGUUUGACACAACUGGUCCAUUACUUUCUGCCAGAACUCAAAGAGUUUGGACUCACUCAGCUUUUGAAUUCCAAAGUCUUGUUUGUCUUAGAUGGUCUGGAUGAGUGUAACCUUCCCCUAGAUUUUAAAAAUAAGAUCUCAUCUCAUGUAACAGAGACAACCUCACUGGAUGUGUUGUUGACCAACCUCAUUAUGGGGAACCUGUUUCCUUCUGCCCUUAUCUGGAUAACUUCCCGUCCAGCAGCCGCCAGUCAGAUCACUCCUGAGUGUGUUGAUCGGGUGACAGAAAUACAAGGGUUCAAUGACCAUCAGAAGGAGGAAUACUUCAGGAAGAAAAUCAGUAAUGAGGACCUGGCCAAGAGGAUCAUCACACAUGUGAAGUCAUCAAGGAGCCUCUACAUCAUGUGUCACAUUCCAGUCUUCUGUUGGAUUUCAGCCACUGUUCUUGAGAGGCUCUUUAUUGAGGAACACAGUGGAGAAAUUCCCAAGACUCUCACUGAGAUGUACACACACUUCCUGAUCUUUCAGAUCAGUUUGAAGAAUGAGAAGUAUCUGAAAAAACAAAUGACAGAGCCUCUGAAAUCUUUAGAAUUAGAUAAAGAAUUUGUUCUGAAACUGGGGAAGUUGGCUUUCAACAACCUUGAUAAAGGAAAUCUCAUAUUUUAUGAGGAAGACCUGAAAGAGUUUGGCAUUGAUGUCACUGAAGCUUCAGUGUAUUCUGGAGUGUGUACAGAAGUGUUUAGAGAGGAGAUCGGGUUGUAUGAGGGGAAAGUUUACUGCUUUGUACAUCUGAGUCUUCAGGAGUAUCUUGCUGCUUUCUAUGAGUUUCUGUCAAAUAGUGAUUCCAACCUGCUGGAGAAUACAGUGGAUCAGGCCUUAGAAAGUAAGAAUGGACACUUGGACCUCUAUCUCCGCUUCCUACUUGGUCUUUCAAUGGAACAAAGCAAACAGCUUUUGAAAGAACUACUGAUACACAGAAACUCCUGUAACAUUGCAGACAUAGUACAUUAUAUUCAUUGGAAGAUCAAAACAGAUCUUUCUCCAGAGAAAACCAUUUAUCUCUUCCACUGUCUGAAUGAACUGAAUGACAAUUCUUUGGUGAAAGAAGUGCAAGAUUACCUGAACUCAAGACGUCUUUCAGAAAAGAACAUGAAGCCCACAGACUGGUCAGCUCUUGCCUUUGUGUUGAUGUCAGCAGAAGAAUUGGAUGUUUUGGACCUGAGAAACUGCGUCUUACAUAAUGAAGGCCUUCAAAGAAUGCUACCAGUGAUCCAGGUCUCCAGAAUUGCUCUACUCUCUGGCUGCAGAAUCACAGAGGGAGGCUGUACUUCUCUGGCUUCAGCUCUGCGUUCGAACCCCGGUUCACACCUGAGAGAGCUGGAUCUGAGCUACAAUCACCCAGGGGAGUCAGGAGUGAAGCUGCUCUCUGAUCUACUGCAGGAUCCCACUUGCAAACUGGAGACACUGAGGCUGAAGAUGUGUGGACUCUCGGAGAAAUGCUGUAAAGCUCUGGCCUCAGUUCUUACAUCAAACUCCUCACACCUGAAAGAGCUGGAUUUGAAUAACAAUGACCUGCAGGAUUCAGGAGUAGAACUGCUCUCUAUUGGACUGGGGAACGAACACUGUAAACUGGACACACUGAGACUGUCUGGCUGUUGUGUCACAGAGGGAGGCUAUACUUCUCUGGCUUCAGCUCUGCGUUCGAACCCCUGUUCACACCUGAUAGAGCUGGAUCUGAGCUACAAUCACCCAGGGGGCUCAGGAGUGAAGCUGCUCUCUGAUCUACUGCAGGAUCCCACUUGCAAACUGGAGAUACUACAUGUGGACCAUGGCGCAUGGUGCAGGAUCAGACCAGGGCUCCUCAAAUACUCCUGUCAGCUUACACUGGACCCCCACACAGCAAAGAGACACCUGGAUCUGUCUGAGGACAAGAAGAAGGUGACAUGGAGGAGAGACAAUACACAAUUAAAUCCUGGUAAUCCAGACAGAUCUGACUACUGGGAACACAUUCUGUGUGCAGAGAGUCUGUCUGGUCGCUGUUACUGGGAGGUGCAGUGGAGUGGGAAAGGGAUUGAAAUAGGAGUGACUUAUAAAGGAAUCAAGAGGAAAGGAGACAGUGUUGACUGUGGGCUUGGAUAUGAUGAAAAGUCCUGGUGUCUGUACUGCUUUGGUGAGAGUCACUAUAUCAGGCACAAUAACAAGUGCACCACUAUAUCUGUACACCCCUCCCACACAGUAGGAGUGUAUCUGGACUGGGAGGCUGGAGCUCUGUCCUUCUACAGAGUCUUCUCUGGUGAACUGACCCUCCUGUACAGGCUCACCUCCACAUUCAAUGAACCCCUGUAUCCUGCUUUUGGACUUUGGUGGGACUCAUCAGUGUCCUUUUGUGUGAUGGGAUAGAAACACACACACACACACACACUUUCUGUCUUAACAUCAAGAUGUAAAAUUCUGUCAGUCUGUAAGACGAUGUCAGUAAAAUUUGUUGGGAAACUAUAAAAACUGAAUGUCAUGGUUGGUUAUCAUGUUAACUCCAGUACUAAAACCUGUUUUUGUGUACCAUUUUUUGAUUAUGCCUAUUUCUGUUUUUUUCUUUUUUAGUAUUGUAACAACCC